AUGGUGGAUCCAGAUGCUCCAACCCCAAGCAACCCAAACCCGAGGGAGUAUCUGCACUGGCUGGUCACAGAUAUCCCGGCAACCGCAGGAGCAAACUUUGGCAAUGAAAUUAUACGAUACGAGAGUCCACGACCUUCACUGGGAAUUCAUCGCUAUAUUUUAGUGUUGUUUCAGCAAUUGAAUCGAGAGGUUGUGAAUGCUCCUGAUAUAAUUGAUUCUCGUCAGAAUUUUAACACAAGAGACUUUGCGAGGUUUCAUAAUCUCAAUUUGCAUGUUGCUGUUGUUUACUUCAAUUGCAAUAGGGAAAGUGGUACUGAUGGCCGUCACCUAUAA